AUGGCUGCCCUCGAGCCUCGUCCCGCGAGGGGUCACCACCCCUCCGACUCUUUGAUAUCUGAUACCUCCAAUGCUUCAUCUGAGCUCGUCCCUGGCUCGAUACCCCAUUCGUCCAGGCCACCACCACUCUCCUUGACCAGGAAACAAGACGACCACCCCGUCGGCUCCAGCCGUCCACUGCCCAGCCCACGGAGCGGUAGAUCUCAGAGUCUUGCGGCACAGGCCAGCCCGACCUUCGCGCCUGCUCCCAUCAAGCGGAAGCCUCUGUCUGCCACCGCCUCGCCAUUGGCUGUCAGCUACACCACGGGCAGCCAUCUCGACAUCCUACGCGACCUUCCCGGCCCUGAGCAGCGCUUCUCUCGCUCCUUUUCAGUGGACAGCCCGACCCUCUACGAGUUCCCGGAGCGGACUGCCUCUUCGACCUCCGCGGCCAAGGAGCAACGACUGGUCGAGGCCACCUUCCUACGACCUUGCUCGCCCGACUCUGAGUACUCAGAAUCAGAGGUGGACGCCUACGCGGGUGACAGAGAGUCACGAAACAUUCCUGACGAGGACCCUGCAGCUCCUCAAACGGGCACGUCCGACACAUCGUCCGAGCAUGAGGACCUAAUCGCAGCCUACGACGUCACUCCUACGCCCACUGAGGAUCUGCCUACCGAUCCUAUCACCGCGGCAGACCUGGUGUUGCCCGCUCGCAAUAAUCGUAAUACUAAUUCUACCAUGUCUCUCGUUUCCCGCAAGAACUCACCACCACACCUGAGUCUUGCACCAGUCGAAUCGAGCACCGAAGAAACGGCAAAUACUCGCUCUCCAGAUAAAGGAGACAUACACAAACCCCUCCCAAAGUCACCGGCCUCCUCGAAGCUUGGGACUUUCUUCGGCUGGGGAACAUCGUCGCCAUCCAACACCGAGUUUUCAGACAAAGGAAUCUCCCCGCUCCCGUCACCCUUUUCCGGAAGGCAGACAACCGCUUACACAGAUGACUCUACGGUAUCUGGACGAGGACCCCUUUCUGCAAGAACCGAUGUUACAGAGAGAAACCCACUCGACUACUGUGAAGCCUAUCUACAGACACCGCCAGCAGUCACACCUACGCCGCCUGUUCAAAUCGAAGAGAUGGAGGACGAGUUGAAGGCCAUCAGCGCCGAGCUGGCCGCAUCCAUUCGGCGCGAGAUGGACCUAGAAGAUCUCGUUGACAGGUUACAAGCCGAGGUCAACAACCCCCAAGCCCCGGGGAAAAGAAGCAGCGAUUACUUCUCCGAUUCGGGAUAUAGCUCUGCCAAAUUCAGUGAAUAUGAUGCCAGCAAGGAGGAAGUUGCCCAGAUCCAGCGGAGAUCUGAGCAAGAAAAGGCCCAGAUCAGACUCGAGCUGACGGACAAACUGUCGGACGAGCGGGCUAGGAGGAAGUUGCUUGACCAGCAGAUCAAGGAGCUCUCAGAGAAGGCGUCGCACCUCGACAUGGCUCAAAUGAGGAGUCAGGAUGCCUCGGGAAGAAUCAAGGAUCUCGAAAACAGCUGCGAGGUCCUGCGCCGUAGACUGUCAGAGGAGAAGCAGGUCAAGGAUAACUUCGAGGACCUGUUGUCUGCUCUGAGGGGCGAGCUGGAGAAUGCGUCCAACGAGCGAGAUAACCUGCGCGACGAGAUCGUACCUCAGCUGCGCGCUCGCGUCGAGGGCCUCGAAGCGCAGUCUGCUGAGCACACCAAGUUGGCAUAUGAGUCAACCAAGAUGCAGCAAGAGCUUCAGAAUCUGAGGACCGAGAACACGACUCUCAAGAGCAGUCAACCAGAGCCCGACCGCCGUUCUCUGGGCCGCUCCAAGUCCAACUCGGUGACCGCACCGCCGCCUUUCAAGCUACAACAAGCUCCCCUGUCCCGGUCCAACACGGUCAAGGGCCAGACCGAGUCGAGAGAAGCGCUUGUUGAGCGUCUCAAGGACGUCGAGGCCCAGCGAGAUGCCCUUCACAACGCUCUCAAGAAUCUACUUGACCGGCAGGAGUUCCAAAACCGUGAGAAUGACAAGAAAAUCAAGGUUCUCGAGGUGGAGCGAGAACGUCUCCUGUCCGGCUCUCCCCGAAAGGCAGGUUACGAGAAAGAGGUCUCGAACCUGCGAGCCGAGAUCAAUGUUCUCCGCCGUAGAGCCGAGGAAGCCAUCGAGCAAAAGUGGCAGGUCGAAAAGGGCCUUGGCGGGCUCAAGAUGGACCUCGAUCGUGCUGAGCAAGAGAUCGCUGGUCUGCGGGCCCUGCUCAAGGAGAAGGAUAUUCUGAUCCCGGCCGCACUGCCCCGCUCAUCGGCCUCAUCCCACGGCAGCGCCGAUGGCUCCUCCGGCCCGGUCACGUCCAACUCGCUUACGCAGGCCUACGAGGAUCUGCAAAAGGCGUAUGCCGAUGCGCUGGAGCGCAUCAAGUCCCUUGAGCUCGGCUCAGGCGCCAGCGCUUCUCAGGAUGAGAAGACUCAGCUUGCCAUGGAACGUCUUGAGCAAUCCCUGGCCGCGUCCGUCUCUGAGCGCGAUCUUGCCCGCAGCGAGGCAAAUGCCUACAGGGAUCAGGUCGAGAGCUUGCAGACCUCGGAGAAGAGGCAUCUCGAGACGGAGCAAGACCUCGCCUCGCAGCUCGAGGAGUCUGCCCGCCGUGUCGAGGAGCUGGCUCAGCAGGUCCGCAACCAGCUCGCCGCAAAUGCCGAUCUCCGCAUGCGUCUCAACGAGACCGUUGCCCGCGGCGAUGCCGCGCAGAAGACUAGCAAGGAGCGCAUCGCGGCGAUGCAGGUCCGCCUCAAGACGCUAGAGGACCAGCUCGUCGCCACGCAGACCGCUGCCGAGGAGCGCGUUGCUCGCCACGAGGACGAGCUGUCCACCCUCAAGGACGCCCACAGCGCGCAGCUGCAGAGGCUCCGCGACAGCUCCGGCGGCCUCCGCUCACCGCGCCAGUUCGCGCCCAAGUCGCCCCUGUCGCCGCUGUUCGCCAACGGGGCCAAGUCUCCUCGCCUGCUGAGCCCCAGGCCUAGCCCUCGCAGGUCCAACACCAGCCCCGUCGGCGAAGUCGCCGUGGAGGAGCUCGGCCAGGUCGAGAACCUGCGGGCCCGCGUCGCCGAGCUGGAGAUGGCGCUCACUGGUGCCGACGCCGAGAUGCAGGAGGUCGUCGGCCGCAUGAACUCGGCCCAGAUCGAGGUGAUGCAACUGCAGGAGGAGCGCGAGGAGGCCGUGCGCGAGACGAAGAGGCUGCAGAGGCAGCUCGAGGAGGAGAAGGUCAGGGCCUUCGAGCAGCGUUUCAAGAGCUUGACCGGCAGCGUCGCCGUGUAA